GAAGCCAGCUCCAUUCUAAAGAGGUGUAUUGGUCUCUUUACCGUCCCUUUGUUCCCUCCAGAAUGGGUGCCGGGAGGGCCCCCUGGGCUGUGGCUCUGCUGGUGAGCCUCAUGAGGCUGGAUUCCUUUAUGAUUGAAGGCAGAGACCCCCCAGAGGAUUUUGUGAUUCAGGCAAAGGCGGAGUGUUACUUCACCAAUGGUACAGAAAAGGUUCGCUUCCUGGUCAGGUUCAUCUUCAACCUGGAGGAGUAUUUACAUUUCGACAGCGACCUGGGGAUGUUUGUGGCGCUGACGGAGCUCGGGGAACCUGAUGCUGAUCAGUGGAACAAACGCCUGGAUCUCCUGGAGACGAGCAGAGCCGCUGUGAACAUGGUCUGCAGGCAGAAGUACAAGCUGGGGGCCCCCUUCACCGUGGAGAGAAAUGUGCCUCCGGAGGUGACAGUGUACCCAGAGAGGACCCCGUUGCUGCAGCAGCACAACUUGCUGCUCUGCUCUGUGACAGGCUUCUACCCUGGGGACAUAAGUGUCAGGUGGCUCCGGAAUGGACAGGAGGAGAGGUCUGGAGUCAUGUCCACUGGCCUUGUCAGGAAUGGAGACUGGACCUUCCAAACAACAGUAAUGCUGGAAAUGACCCCAGAGCUUGGUGAUGUCUACAGCUGCCUUGUGGAGCACCCCAGCCUCCCGAGACCCGUUUCUGUGGCAUGGAUGGCUCAGUCUGAAUAUUCCUGGAGAAAGAUACUGAGUGGAGCUGCAGCAUUCCUGCUUGGACUAACUGUCUUCCUGGUUGGGGCUGUUAUCCAUCUCAAGGCUCAGAAAGCUUCUGUGGAGACUCAGUCUGGCGAUGAGGAUUAAAGCUGUUGAGAAGCCUCAGCCACCAAGGUCAAGAGUUCCCACCCUGAGAUUUUGUUGCCUGUACGCACAUGGUGCCACCGGUCUUAUGCCCUUUUUAUUUUCUGUGAGUUAGCACCUGAUGCAGACAUGGGGCUCGGACUCUGGAUUCCUUCUUUAGGAGUCUAAAGGAGGCCAUGACCUUUUCUGGAGUCACAGUGUAACUCUGUUUCUCUUUUCAUGAUGUUACAAUAAGCAUUGAUGCUAAUUGCCCAGACCUGCUAACUUACUGGGGAUUGCUACAUUGUGACAGUCUAAUUCUAGGAUUCUUUAUUUGUUGCAUAUUGUUGGCUGUGCGGAGCUGUUAUCUACACAAGAAGUCCAAAGUCAAUGAUGGUAAAAUUGUUGGUGUCUAACAGUGAUUCCAGCAUGCUCCCUGCUACCGUUGUGUCCACUGCUGCAGGAUUCUAAAACAAGGCCCUAAUUUCACUUAAUAGUGACCUUAGUAGAAAAAUGAAUUCACUGGUUUCCUAAGUCUUGACACCCGAGUAACGUCUUCUUAAUAAAUUGACAUUUGGGAGUAUUUCUGUUGUAUGCAGAUGAGAAAGCUGUCAUAAAAGUUGCUUGAGUUGUGAGUGAAACUUAGCAUGCUUCCUUCAACACAGCAUCAUUUUGUCUUGGUAGAAAAUAUUUUUUAUUAAUCUUUUUAUUGUUUGAGGAUUUUGUACGUGUAUAUUAUGUGUUUUGAUCAAAUCUACCCUCAUUCCAUCCCUUCUAAUAUCUCCUCUCUCCCAACUUCAUUUGUGUUUUUGCUUUAAUUCACGGAGUCAAUUAAUGGUACAAUUAAUGGUACAAUUAUGGUACAUGGGCAGGUCCAUGUACCAUAGUGUAGGUGGCCUUUCAGGAGCCACAUUCUUGAAGAACAUGGAGUUUCCCUUUGUGGCAGCCAUCAACUGCUCCUCAGCUAAGGGUGACACUUCACAAAUCCCUCCUACCUAUUCGGAGAUUUUGGAAUGCUUGAUCUUGGACAUUUAGAAACAUUCUAAAUGCUGUUUAGCUUGUUUUGAAAUAAAUUGUAGUUGGUGGGAGGUUUUCUAGUGUAUUUUCAUUGUCUUAAAUGGUCUCAACAUUUGUUCUACAAUGUCAAUAAAGAACAUCAACUGUUUGAAGUAGAUAAA